AUGGCUCUAGAAAUUCGAAGAGAAACAUUUCCUUUGGGUGUUAAUUUAGAAUCUCUUGAAGCUGAUCCGGGAAUUAGAAAGCCUAUUGCAGAAUAUAACCCUAAUAUACUUGAUGAAGUUAGGAGAUAUUAUAUUCAAAAAGAGCGUUGCCAACCUGAGGUUCUUGAUUUUCCUAAAACUAAGUUUGGGAAGGAAAUGCGCCAGUUUAGUCCUAAUUGGUAUAAGGGUCGUCGUAAGUGGUUGGAGUACAGUAUAACAAAAGAUGUUGCAUAUUGUUUGUGUUGCUAUUUGUUCCAAAAUGAACAUGAAAGUAAUGGAAAUACAAGUGAAACUUAUGCAAAAAUUGGCUUUAAAGCUUGGAACAAGGCUCUUGAAAGAUUUAGAGCUCAUGUUGGAGAGAUACUCGAAAAAGACAAAAGUGAAUCGCGACGUCACUUGAGUGCUUCAGUCUAUGUGACAAGGUUUCUCUUGAGACUAGAAUUAUCAUUCCGUGGGCAUGAUGAGAGUCAAUGUUCUUCAAAUAGAGGUAUCUUUCUCGAACUUUUGCAAUGGUAUGGAGAUAUUAAUAAAGAUGUUGGAAGCAUUAUAUUAGAAAACGCCCCAAAAAAUGAAAUGAUGUAUUCUCCAAGUAUUCAAAAGGAUAUUGUUGAUUCUUGUGCUAAAGAAACAAUCAAAGCCAUCAUUGAAGACCUGGAUGGGGAUUAUUUCGAGAUACUAGUUGAUGAAUCAAAAGAUAUAUCACACAAGGAGCAAAUGGAAAUUGUUCUGAGAUAUGUUAAUAAAGAAGGUGAAGUAGUAGAGCGAUUUGUUGGAGGCAAUCUACUCUUUUCUUUCAGAUCACUCAUUAAGUCCAUCACAAAUACUGGGCAAGGUUAUGAUGGAGCUAGCAACAUGCAGGGAGAGCUAAAUGGUCUUAAGACUUUGAUAUUGAAUGAGACUCCAUUGGCAUAUUGCAUUCAUUGUUUUGCUCACCAAUUGCAUUUAGCACUUGUAGCUCUUGCAAAGAAGAAUUCAAAUGUAGAUGAUUUUUUUUGUAUAGUUAUUAAUGUGUUAAAUAUUGUUGGAGCAUCUUUUAAGCGCAGAGAUUUGCUUCGAGAACAUCAUGCUGAAAAAUCAGAGGAAUUGCUCAUAUCAGGUGAAGUGCAUACUGGGCGAGGAUUAAAUCAAGAACGUGGACUUCAAGACCAGGUGAUACUCGUUGGGGUUCUCAUCAUAGAACAUUAG